AUGUGGGCGUUUUUUUUAGAAGUAAUUCUAAUUUCCAUAUUUAUUAAUCUUCUUUUAAAUUGUUCAAAUAAUAAAAAUGAUAAUUCAAAAAAAAACCCUUUAACAGAAUCUAAUAAGAAUUGUAUAGAAAAGCAGUAUAAGGUAAAAAAAACAAAAGGUUCAAAAUUUUCAUUUAAUAAACGUUCAAAUAAUCCAUUAAUGAAUGGUACAUCACCAAAAAAUUCAAAUAAAAAGUUAGAUAUUAAUAGUAAGAAAUCAAAAGCAAAAAGUGUCGUCAAGGGUAAAACAAAUUUAUUAGGUAAUUUUAUGAAAAAAAAAACAUUAUCUAUUGAUGGUACUCAAGAUGAUUUCAUUUUAAAACAAGAAAAAAAUGAAUCGAAAAUAUCGAAAGUUUCUAAAGUAUCUAGUGCAUGUCAGGCAAAUUUAUCGAACAAAGAUAAACCAAUUGUUAAAUCAGAAGGUAGUAUUGUUAUAAAUGGAUCAGGAUAUUCUAGUAAAAAAGAUAAUAAAUCUCCAACAGGAAGCAAACGUUAA